AUGUCCUGGCAUAUUAGUACUUAUCGGAAGGGGCGACCGAUAUUCUCUUCUCUUACUGGCCUUGGAUCUCUUACAGCGUUAUGGCGGACGAAAAGAAAGACAACCGGCCCUCAGACUUAUGAGCGCGGAUUUGGCCUACAUUGGCGGAUUCAGAGUCUCCUAGAAGAUAGUGACGAAAGCUCACCUAUACCACAUGCGAUUAUGGAAACUAUCGCACACGUUCCCGCAAAUCAUGCCGACCAGAGUCUUACUCUUCAUGAAAUAAGAGCAAUUGUGAACAUGAUGCUCAUUCGAACAUCUCAGAGGCCCUUCCGGAAGUAUGCUAUCCACCCAUUCUCUCCUAUAUGGGCGAACAGCACGGAAGGAUCAUUCAAGCUUCAUUUGAUGGGGAAAAUUUGGUUCUACAGUAUUCUCAACUGUGGAGCUUCGAGGAUGAUGAUACAGCACCGGUGGAACUCUUCAUGCGCUACAAUAUAA